AUGCUUCUCUCCCUAACCGCCAUGCUUCUCUCCCUAACCGCCAUGCUUCUCUCCCUAACCGCCAUGCUUCUCUCCCUAACCGCCAUGCUUCUCUCCCUAACCGCCAUGCUUCUCUCCCUAACCGCCAUGCUUCUCUCCCUAACCGCCAUGCUUCUCUCCCUAACCGCCAUGCUUCUCUCCCUAACCGCCAUGCUUUUCCCUAACCGCCAUGCUUCUCCCCCUAACCGCCAUGCUUUCUCCCCUAACCGCCAUGCUUCUCCCCCUAACCGCCAUGCUUCUCUCCCUAACCGCCAUGCUUCUCUCCCUAACCGCCAUGCUUCUCUCCCUAACCGCCAUGCUUCUCUCCCUAACCGCCAUGCUUCUCUCCCUAACCGCCAUGCUUCUCUCCCUAACCGCCAUGCUUCUCUCCCUAACCGCCAUGCUUCUCUCCCUAACCGCCAUGCUUCUCUCCCUAACCGCCAUGCUUCUCUCCCUAACCGCCAUGCUUCUCUCCCUAACCGCCAUGCUUCUCUCCCUAACCGCCAUGCUUCUCUCCCUAACCGCCAUGCUUCUCUCCCUAACCGCCAUGCUUCUCUCCCUAACCGCCAUGCUUCUCUCCCUAACCGCCAUGCUUCUCUCCCUAACCGCCAUGCUUCUCUCCCUAACCGCCAUGCUUCUCUCCCUAACCGCCAUGCUUCUCUCCCUAACCGCCAUGCUUCUCUCCCUAACCGCCAUGCUUCUCUCCCUAACCGCCAUGCUUCUCUCCCUAACCGCCAUGCUUCUCUCCCUAACCGCCAUGCUUCUCUCCCUAACCGCCAUGCUUCUCUCCCUAACCGCCAUGCUUCUCUCCCUAACCGCCAUGCUUCUCUCCCUAACCGCCAUGCUUCUCUCCCUAACCGCCAUGCUUCUCUCCCUAACCGCCAUGCUUCUCUCCCUAACCGCCAUGCUUCUCUCCCUAACCGCCAUGCUUCUCUCCCUAACCGCCAUGCUUCUCUCCCUAACCGCCAUGCUUCUCUCCCUAACCGCCAUGCUUCUCUCCCUAACCGCCAUGCUUCUCUCCCUAACCGCCAUGCUUCUCUCCCUAACCGCCAUGCUUCUCUCCCUAACCGCCAUGCUUCUCUCCCUAACCGCCAUGCUUCUCUCCCUAACCGCCAUGCUUCUCUCCCUAACCGCCAUGCUUCUCUCCCUAACCGCCAUGCUUCUCCCCCUAAACCGCCAUGCUUCUCCCCUAACCGCCAUGCUUCUCCCCCUAACCGCCAUGCUUCUCUCCCUAACCGCCAUGCUUCUCUCCCUAACCGCCAUGCUUCUCUCCCUAACCGCCAUGCUUCUCUCCCUAACCGCCAUGCUUCUCUCCCUAACCGCCAUGCUUCUCUCCCUAACCGCCAUGCUUCUCUCCCUAACCGCCAUGCUUCUCUCCCUAACCGCCAUGCUUCUCUCCCUAACCGCCAUGCUUCUCUCCCUAACCGCCAUGCUUCUCUCCCUAACCGCCAUGCUUCUCUCCCUAACCGCCAUGCUUCUCUCCCUAACCGCCAUGCUUCUCUCCCUAACCGCCAUGCUUCUCUCCCUAACCGCCAUGCUUCUCUCCCUAACCGCCAUGCUUCUCUCCCUAACCGCCAUGCUUCUCUCCCUAACCGCCAUGCUUCUCUCCCUAACCGCCAUGCUUCUCUCCCUAACCGCCAUGCUUCUCUCCCUAACCGCCAUGCUUCUCUCCCUAACCGCCAUGCUUCUCUCCCUAACCGCCAUGCUUCUCUCCCUAACCGCCAUGCUUCUCUCCCUAACCGCCAUGCUUCUCUCCCUAACCGCCAUGCUUCUCUCCCUAACCGCCAUGCUUCUCUCCCUAACCGCCAUGCUUCUCUCCCUAACCGCCAUGCUUCUCUCCCUAACCGCCAUGCUUCUCUCCCUAACCGCCAUGCUUCUCUCCCUAACCGCCAUGCUUCUCUCCCUAACCGCCAUGCUUCUCUCCCUAACCGCCAUGCUUCUCUCCCUAACCGCCAUGCUUCUCUCCCUAACCGCCAUGCUUCUCUCCCUAACCGCCAUGCUUCUCUCCCUAACCGCCAUGCUUCUCUCCCUAACCGCCAUGCUUCUCUCCCUAACCGCCAUGCUUCUCUCCCUAACCGCCAUGCUUCUCUCCCUAACCGCCAUGCUUCUCUCCCUAACCGCCAUGCUUCUCUCCCUAACCGCCAUGCUUCUCUCCCUAACCGCCAUGCUUCUCUCCCUAACCGCCAUGCUUCUCUCCCUAACCGCCAUGCUUCUCUCCCUAACCGCCAUGCUUCUCUCCCUAACCGCCAUGCUUCUCUCCCUAACCGCCAUGCUUCUCUCCCUAACCGCCAUGCUUCUCUCCCUAACCGCCAUGCUUCUCUCCCUAACCGCCAUGCUUCUCUCCCUAACCGCCAUGCUUCUCUCCCUAACCGCCAUGCUUCUCUCCCUAACCGCCAUGCUUCUCUCCCUAACCGCCAUGCUUCUCUCCCUAACCGCCAUGCUUCUCUCCCUAACCGCCAUGCUUCUCUCCCUAACCGCCAUGCUUCUCUCCCUAACCGCCAUGCUUCUCUCCCUAACCGCCAUGCUUCUCUCCCUAACCGCCAUGCUUCUCUCCCUAACCGCCAUGCUUCUCUCCCUAACCGCCAUGCUUCUCUCCCUAACCGCCAUGCUUCUCUCCCUAACCGCCAUGCUUCUCUCCCUAACCGCCAUGCUUCUCUCCCUAACCGCCAUGCUUCUCUCCCUAACCGCCAUGCUUCUCUCCCUAACCGCCAUGCUUCUCUCCCUAACCGCCAUGCUUCUCUCCCUAACCGCCAUGCUUCUCUCCCUAACCGCCAUGCUUCUCUCCCUAACCGCCAUGCUUCUCUCCCUAACCGCCAUGCUUCUCUCCCUAACCGCCAUGCUUCUCUCCCUAACCGCCAUGCUUCUCUCCCUAACCGCCAUGCUUCUCUCCCUAACCGCCAUGCUUCUCUCCCUAACCGCCAUGCUUCUCUCCCUAACCGCCAUGCUUCUCUCCCUAACCGCCAUGCUUCUCUCCCUAACCGCCAUGCUUCUCUCCCUAACCGCCAUGCUUCUCUCCCUAACCGCCAUGCUUCUCUCCCUAACCGCCAUGCUUCUCUCCCUAACCGCCAUGCUUCUCUCCCUAACCGCCAUGCUUCUCUCCCUAACCGCCAUGCUUCUCUCCCUAACCGCCAUGCUUCUCUCCCUAACCGCCAUGCUUCUCUCCCUAACCGCCAUGCUUCUCUCCCUAACCGCCAUGCUUCUCUCCCUAACCGCCAUGCUUCUCUCCCUAACCGCCAUGCUUCUCUCCCUAACCGCCAUGCUUCUCUCCCUAACCGCCAUGCUUCUCUCCCUAACCGCCAUGCUUCUCUCCCUAACCGCCAUGCUUCUCUCCCUAACCGCCAUGCUUCUCUCCCUAACCGCCAUGCUUCUCUCCCUAACCGCCAUGCUUCUCUCCCUAACCGCCAUGCUUCUCUCCCUAACCGCCAUGCUUCUCUCCCUAACCGCCAUGCUUCUCUCCCUAACCGCCAUGCUUCUCUCCCUAACCGCCAUGCUUCUCUCCCUAACCGCCAUGCUUCUCUCCCUAACCGCCAUGCUUCUCUCCCUAACCGCCAUGCUUCUCUCCCUAACCGCCAUGCUUCUCUCCCUAACCGCCAUGCUUCUCUCCCUAACCGCCAUGCUUCUCUCCCUAACCGCCAUGCUUCUCUCCCUAACCGCCAUGCUUCUCUCCCUAACCGCCAUGCUUCUCUCCCUAACCGCCAUGCUUCUCUCCCUAACCGCCAUGCUUCUCUCCCUAACCGCCAUGCUUCUCUCCCUAACCGCCAUGCUUCUCUCCCUAACCGCCAUGCUUCUCUCCCUAACCGCCAUGCUUCUCUCCCUAACCGCCAUGCUUCUCUCCCUAACCGCCAUGCUUCUCUCCCUAACCGCCAUGCUUCUCUCCCUAACCGCCAUGCUUCUCUCCCUAACCGCCAUGCUUCUCUCCCUAACCGCCAUGCUUCUCUCCCUAACCGCCAUGCUUCUCUCCCUAACCGCCAUGCUUCUCUCCCUAACCGCCAUGCUUCUCUCCCUAACCGCCAUGCUUCUCUCCCUAACCGCCAUGCUUCUCUCCCUAACCGCCAUGCUUCUCUCCCUAACCGCCAUGCUUCUCUCCCUAACCGCCAUGCUUCUCUCCCUAACCGCCAUGCUUCUCUCCCUAACCGCCAUGCUUCUCUCCCUAACCGCCAUGCUUCUCUCCCUAACCGCCAUGCUUCUCUCCCUAACCGCCAUGCUUCUCUCCCUAACCGCCAUGCUUCUCUCCCUAACCGCCAUGCUUCUCUCCCUAACCGCCAUGCUUCUCUCCCUAACCGCCAUGCUUCUCUCCCUAACCGCCAUGCUUCUCUCCCUAACCGCCAUGCUUCUCUCCCUAACCGCCAUGCUUCUCUCCCUAACCGCCAUGCUUCUCUCCCUAACCGCCAUGCUUCUCUCCCUAACCGCCAUGCUUCUCUCCCUAACCGCCAUGCUUCUCUCCCUAACCGCCAUGCUUCUCUCCCUAACCGCCAUGCUUCUCUCCCUAACCGCCAUGCUUCUCUCCCUAACCGCCAUGCUUCUCUCCCUAACCGCCAUGCUUCUCUCCCUAACCGCCAUGCUUCUCUCCCUAACCGCCAUGCUUCUCUCCCUAACCGCCAUGCUUCUCUCCCUAACCGCCAUGCUUCUCUCCCUAACCGCCAUGCUUCUCUCCCUAACCGCCAUGCUUCUCUCCCUAACCGCCAUGCUUCUCUCCCUAACCGCCAUGCUUCUCUCCCUAACCGCCAUGCUUCUCUCCCUAACCGCCAUGCUUCUCUCCCUAACCGCCAUGCUUCUCUCCCUAACCGCCAUGCUUCUCUCCCUAACCGCCAUGCUUCUCUCCCUAACCGCCAUGCUUCUCUCCCUAACCGCCAUGCUUCUCUCCCUAACCGCCAUGCUUCUCUCCCUAACCGCCAUGCUUCUCUCCCUAACCGCCAUGCUUCUCUCCCUAACCGCCAUGCUUCUCUCCCUAACCGCCAUGCUUCUCUCCCUAACCGCCAUGCUUCUCUCCCUAACCGCCAUGCUUCUCUCCCUAACCGCCAUGCUUCUCUCCCUAACCGCCAUGCUUCUCUCCCUAACCGCCAUGCUUCUCUCCCUAACCGCCAUGCUUCUCUCCCUAACCGCCAUGCUUCUCUCCCUAACCGCCAUGCUUCUCUCCCUAACCGCCAUGCUUCUCUCCCUAACCGCCAUGCUUCUCUCCCUAACCGCCAUGCUUCUCUCCCUAACCGCCAUGCUUCUCUCCCUAACCGCCAUGCUUCUCUCCCUAACCGCCAUGCUUCUCUCCCUAACCGCCAUGCUUCUCUCCCUAACCGCCAUGCUUCUCUCCCUAACCGCCAUGCUUCUCUCCCUAACCGCCAUGCUUCUCUCCCUAACCGCCAUGCUUCUCUUCCCUAA